GGGAGGCAGUCGCGGUGAAUUGUUUGGGGGUGGGUGGGGGGCGCCGCUCAGCCCCAGGUACUGCCUGAGCUGGGAGCCACGGCGUCUUCCGGGCGCAGCCGGGUUAGCUGUUCCGAGUCACCGCAGCUAGGCUCCAGGGUGGGGGAGGGAAGAAGCCGGAGCCGCCUCAAGCCACACGUGAAGGAAAAGCCCAAGAAGUAAAGAAACUUUUACAGUAAUUGUUGAUUUGGCUAUUAUGCUGAUCCCCCGAAUCAAAAAAAGCUGCUGAAACUUAGAAGCUGAUUUUGUCACAGUGUAAGAUGCCUUUGGAAAAUUCUGCAUUCCUCUUAGAUGAAUCUUUACAACUUGUGCAUAAAUACAGAGUGUCAUUUUGAUGAAAUUUUAUGAAGUCAACACUCGUUUAACCAAUACCAAGAUCAAGAUAUAGAACAUUUUCAUCAAUCCAGGAGCCUCCUUCAUGCCCCCUGACAGUCAUCACGCACUCCCAAAGAAUUCUGAGACUGAUGGUCAGCCAUACAGAAGAAUACAUUGAACUUAUAGUUUUCUGAAGAAUCAGUUCAAAAGAUCCCCCAAAUACAAAAGGAGAAGUACAAAUGUCUACUACAAGACGAAAACGUAAUAUGUUAUGUUGUUUACCGUAAGCUGUAGUAAAAUGAGCUCACUUGUUGACAGAGACGAUGGUAGUAUUUUUGAUGGGUUGGUGGAAGAAGAUGACAAGGACAAAGCAAAAAGAGUAUCUAGAAACAAAUCUGAAAAGAAACGUAGAGAUCAGUUUAAUGUUCUCAUUAAAGAACUGGGAUCCAUGCUUCCUGGGAAUGCUAGAAAGAUGGACAAAUCUACUGUUCUACAGAAGAGCAUUGAUUUUUUACGAAAACAUAAAGAAAUCACUGCACAGUCAGAUGCUAGUGAAAUUCGACAGGACUGGAAACCUACAUUCCUUAGUAAUGAAGAGUUUACACAAUUAAUGCUGGAGGCUCUUGAUGGUUUUUUUUUAGCAAUCAUGACAGAUGGAAGCAUAAUAUAUGUGUCUGAGAGUGUAACUUCAUUACUUGAACAUUUACCAUCAGAUCUUGUGGAUCAAAGUAUAUUUAAUUUUAUCCCAGAGGGGGAACAUUCAGAAGUUUAUAAAAUACUCUCUGCGCAUCUGCUGGAAAGUGAUUCAUUAACCCCUGAAUUUUUAAAAUCAAAAAAUCAGUUAGAAUUUUGUUGUCAUAUGCUUCGAGGAACAAUAGACCCAAAGGAGCCAUCUACUUAUGAAUAUGUGAAAUUUAUAGGAAAUUUCAAAUCUUUAAACAGUGUAUCCACUUCAGCACACAAUGGUUUUGAAGGAACAAUACAACGCACACACAAGCCUUCUUACGAAGAUAGAGUUUGUUUUGUAGCUACUGUCAGGUUAGCUACACCUCAGUUCAUCAAGGAAAUGUGCACUGUUGAAGAACCUAAUGAAGAGUUUACAUCUAGACAUAGUUUAGAAUGGAAGUUUCUAUUUCUAGAUCACAGGGCACCACCCAUAAUAGGAUAUUUGCCAUUUGAAGUUCUGGGAACAUCAGGCUAUGAUUACUAUCAUGUGGAUGACCUAGAAAAUUUGGCAAAAUGUCAUGAGCACUUAAUGCAAUACGGGAAAGGCAAAUCAUGUUACUAUAGGUUCCUGACCAAAGGACAACAGUGGAUUUGGCUUCAAACUCAUUAUUAUAUCACUUAUCAUCAGUGGAAUUCAAGACCAGAGUUCAUUGUUUGUACUCACACCGUAGUAAGUUAUGCAGAAGUUAGGGCUGAAAGACGACGAGAACUUGGCAUUGAAGAGUCUCUUCCGGAGACAGCUGCUGACAAAAGCCAAGAUUCUGGGUCUGAUAAUCGUAUAAAUACAGUCAGUCUCAAGGAAGCAUUGGAAAGGUUUGAUCACAGCCCAACUCCUUCUGCUUCCUCCCGGAGUUCAAGAAAAUCAUCUCACACUGCGGUCUCAGACCCUUCCUCUACACCUACAAAGAUCCCAACGGAUACUAGCACUCCUCCCAGACAGCAUUUACCCGCUCAUGAAAAGAUGGCACAAAGGAGGUCAUCAUUUAGUAGUCAGUCCAUAAAUUCCCAGUCUGUUGGUCAGUCAUUAACACAGCCAGUGAUGUCUCAAGCUGCAAAUUUACCAGUUCCACAAGGCAUGUCCCAGUUUCAGUUCUCAGCUCAGUUAGGAGCCAUGCAGCAUCUGAAAGACCAGUUGGAGCAACGGACUCGGAUGAUAGAGGCAAACAUUCAUCGGCAACAAGAAGAACUAAGAAAAAUUCAAGAGCAGCUUCAAAUGGUCCAUGGUCAAGGUCUUCAGAUGUUUUUACAACAAUCAACCCCUGGAUUGAAUUUUGGUUCUGUUCAACUUUCUUCUGGAAAUUCAUCUAAUAUCCAGCAGCUUGCACCUAUAAAUAUGCAAAGCCAGGUUGUUCAGACUAACCAAAUUCAAAGUGGAAUGAAUACUGGACACAUUGGCACAACUCAGCACAUGAUACAACAGCAGACUUUACAAAAUACAUCAAGUCAGCAGAAUCAACAGAAUAUACUGAGCGGGCACAGUCAGCAAACGUCUCUUCCCAGUCAGACACAGAGCACUCUUACAGCCCCACUGUAUAACACUAUGGUGAUUUCUCAGCCGACGGCCGGAAGCAUGGUCCAGAUUCCAUCUAGUAUGCCACAAAACAGUUCCCAGAGUGCUGCAGUAACUACAUUCACUCAGGACAGACAGAUAAGGUUUUCUCAAGGUCAGCAGCUUGUGACCAAGUUAGUAACGGCUCCCGUAGCCUGCGGGGCGGUCGUGGUGCCCAGCGCUAUGCUCAUGGGUCAGGUGGUGACUGCCUACCCUACCUUUGCUCCACAACCGCCGCAGUCACAGACACUGCCGGUCACUCAGCAGCAGCAGCAGCAGAGUUCCCAGGAACAGCAGCUCCCUGCAGUUCAGCAGCCACCGCAGGCGCAGCUGGCUCAACCGCCGCAGCAGUUUUUACAGACUUCUAGAUUGCUCCAUGGGAACCCUUCAACUCAGCUUAUCCUCUCUGCUGCAUUUCCACUACAGCAGAGCACUUUCCCUCAGUCACAUCACCAGCAACACCAGUCUCAGCAACAGCAGCAACUGAAUCGGCGCAGGACUGACAGUUUGACCGAUCCUUCCAAGGUUCAACCACAGUAGCACACACGCUUCCUUUCUGCCCUCAAGGGAGGAAGGGGGUGGCCCAUAAAAGAGUUGCUCGGAUGAUCUGAGGAUAGGAUGAAAAGUUCCAGUGGUUUCAUGAGAUGCAGUAUUGAGUGUUCUAGUUCCUGGAAUUAGUUAGCAGAGAAAAUGCUGCCUCGUGCUGCGGAUGUGCAUUAAAUACCAGCCAGCAGGAGAUGAUCAUAGGGCCAUAGCCAAUUCUGACAGUGUUUGACUUGCCCAGAUAUUUUUUGGUGGAAAAAGAGUAUAUUGCCAAAUGUUAAGAAACUCAGCUAUGAAACAUGACCUCCAGUGAAUAAGAAAGGCACUAACAAUGUUAGUAACUUUGAGUGGUUCUGUGCCUGUUUUCAAGUGUUACAGAGGAUACACCACUGCCAUGUCAGGGGUUUGCUUACAGUGAUGCCAUGAAGACAGUCCAGUAGACUCAGUAGGCCCCCUUCCCCAACCCCUCUCCCUUUUCGGAUAAUGAUGGAAUAGUAAUUAAUUUCAGAAUGUUGUAUGAGUUUAAAUUCUCUAUGUACAGAUGCUGUAAAAAUAAUAUUAUGUAUAUGUCUGGAUAAAAGGAGAGAAAGCAAAACAUUUUUUGUAUGCUGCAUGAAAGCAUUAUCUCCUCAUUUAGGUAUGAGUACGUUUCCUUAGAUUCUGACACCAUGUGCAAACUAAUACAUCCUCUUUUCCCUUUUGUUUACCAUACAGUAGUGUUCUCUUCAGUUUUCCGGGGCACAAGUCUUUUUUUUGUUCAUACUUUGGCUGUGAUGUCACAGUUUGUUCAGUGAGGUAUGAUGUGCUGCUGGGAAUGGAUUUUUUUUUUUCAGGUUAAAUUAUUUGAAACAGGAUUUUCAAGUUACUCAGAAAUAUCCCUCAUUUCAUUAUUUUUCAGUUAUGUUUGAAAAUAGGAUUUGCACUGCUUUAUUUUAAGAUGGUUGGGAGUUUUGAUCACAUGUUUUGAUCUAGUUCAUAGUUGGAAAUAGUUGUGUAAAUGGUUUUUAAGAAGCCUGAAAGUAAUUUCAAGAAUGUUUCAGUUAUAGGAGUGAAUUUGCACACAAAAUAUUUUAGGCACUUUUUAACGUUCUCACUGGUGGGAAUUUUAACUUUUAGGAUUUGUUGGAACCUUUUUAUUAUCCCCACAAUGUCAAUGCUUCUUUUAGUCAGAAAUGAUUCAGGGUUAUUUGAGGAAAAAACAAAAAACAAAAAAAAAAACCCAUAGUGCCUUGAUUUUGAUUCAGGUGAUAACUCACCAUCUUGAACUCAUCGUCUGGUUUCAGUAGCAGUUUUGAAAUCUUGGUACAUUUUUAAUAGCAUGUGGGUGUCAGUGCCAUUAAGUUUCUAAUGAAGACUGCUUUGAGUCUCUUGGUUUAGAGGUACAAAUAAUUUUGAAAUAAAAGAUGACAUCCUAAUGAUACAUCAGAGUUACUAAUGUGGUCACAAAGUUGUUUUGCUAAGUCAUCAUUUUCCUUAAAGCUAUGUAGUCAUUUAGGAAUUACCAGUAAAUAUUUGCUCAAUGUGAUCUGAAAAUCCUGUGAAGAAAAAAGAACGGGUAGGAAUCGGCUUUGCCUUCACUACAGCACUAGAAUAUUGUAGCUCACAUGCUUCAUAAACGUGAACUAAGAUUUCAUUUGUUAAUACAUUCUAAAGGUAGUAAGUUCCAACCAGAAUUACGUACAUUUAAAAAAAAAGCAUUUUAUAGAUUUUAUGGUACUAAUAAUUAAAUUUAUAACUACAGAACAAAGGAAAAUUAAUGGGAAAAUGUCUUAUUAGAAUAUCAAAAAUUAUUACAGAGGAAAGGGAAGACAGCAAGCUAUAAUAAAUCAAAAUUGACCUUAAAAGAAAAUGUGUAACAGAAUUGAGGUUGUUAAAUAGAAAAGAUUUCAGCAAUGAAAAUAAUCUAGUACAGAAUUGCUAGAUAAAGGAGUCAGGGGAACUCUAGGUCGGUUCUUAAGACUUUUCUGUUCUCAGCUUUGCUAUCAUCCUUAAGGGGUAUACUUUGGUAGAAAACCAUGCCUGGCCCCACAUAAACUAGAAAAUUAAUGUUGAAAACAACCAAAGAGACUUGGUACCUACCCUUCUACAAAAGAAGUGUUACUAGAUGCCAAUCAGUAAUUAACAUAUCAAGGAGCUCCUCUUCUAGCUAAAUGAUCAUCUGACUUUCUCAUGAAUGUCAAGAAUAAAUGUCAGAAUAUCUGUGUACUUGAGCAUAUAUACACGUGGGCAACAUUGAUGUUGUAGAGUAUGGCAACAGUAUUUUUUUCCCCUUUCAAAUUGCCUUUCUUAACCAUAUCAUGCCAUUCCAUAUGUAUCUGAGUUGUGCCUCAUUUAUUUAUUGGCAAUAUGUAGUGAUACAGAUUUAGCAAACAAAAGAUAUGAUGAACUAUUAUAUUAAGGUUUAUUUUCUAAGUCCCAUAUGUAAAAAGAGAGAUGGUGAACCGUGAGUACUGUGUACUUAGGUUAACACAAGCCACAAGGUAAAUCUGUACACUGUUUAUGCACAUUCUCCUCCACCAAUCCCUUCAAGCAUUUUUCCAUCCUCACAAAUAUGUGGGAAAGAAAAUUAGACAAGAUUUUGCUUUAUAAUUCCUGCUGUUCCUCACAGCUCAUUUUUUUCCUGCUUAGAAUUGGUUGCUACACUUACAGGAGCAGCUGGCUGCUUUUCUUUUGCUGUCAGAAUGAAAUGUUGGAUCAGAAGAGCUAGUAACUGCCUCUCAGCUCCUCCUUUAACUUUGUUUUCCUCCUGCUUCCCUGUAACUGUCCCCUCCUCCAUGAAUUGAGACUUGAGCAUUCUGAUGAAGAUUCAGUAGUUGCCUGUUCUACAUUCAUUUCUGUAGCCAAAGUUGUUAAUUAAAAUCCAAAUCUAAGUCAUGAAAAAAUACCAAAUAGGAACACCUUUCAACUACUUAAAAAUCUUAUCUUCCCUCUGCUUUACUCUCAUAGAUACUCAGUUUUUCUUAAAAAACACUUUAUUCUGGGUGGCAGUCAUUAGGUGUUAUCUUCUUUGGACUGCUGUGGCACUGGGUGAGUCACUGUUGUUGUUUUAACAACUACCAGUGAGGACUGUAAGGGUUAAUAAAGUUGCUGCCGAGAGUGGUGUCAAACCAGAACCAAGACACUCAAAAGCACUUCAUUUUUUGAGUGAAAAUAUUGGCAGAAAAGCAAAUAUGGGGGAAGAUGGGGGUAGCGUGUGAGUAAAUACUACAGUUCAGUCUCCCAACUCCAUCCCAAGUUGAGGGGGUAAUUUGAGUCCUGUGCUCUGCUUUGUCACGUAAAUCUGGUUUAGGAAUGUACUAGUAAUAAAAGGAUGCCAGUGACUUUGAAUAGUUUGUUGUAGAAUUCUCAUUGUAGAUUCGUGGAAGUGUUAUUGUAAUUCUUCAGAAGUGCUUGGGUUGUUGGUCAUUGCCUUAAAGCGGUCUGCUUGCAGUUAGUUAAGGGCACUGCUUGUUGAAGGGAGAUGAACCCUUGUUCAAGAAGCCUUAGGAAGGGGCCGCUUAAAAUAGUACUCUAUUUGCCGGCUCUACACAGACAGGUGAAAAUUAUUUUAAACUGGAAGUUACUCAACGUGUUUUAAAAUGUCUCCACGACAUUGAGGUAGCCUUUUUUUUUUUUUUAAGUGGACUGCAAUAGCAUUUUGCUCUGGUAUUGCUCAUUUCUACUUUUUUUCUUUUCCUGUAUUUCUCUGGUAAUUGCAAGUUUGUUGACGAACAUUUGUGUAAAACUCAUUCAAGUCUAUAACCUUUCCAAUGUCUGUGACCCUGUUCUUAGUCCCUCGGGAGUCAGUGUUGGAAGGUAUAAACACUGGAUAUUAUUGCUGAGUGAGUCUAGCCAGGAAUAAGCUGAUUGGAAUUUUUAAACAGAGGAAAAGAAACAGCACAAAGGCACUUGCCAUUUUAUAGUGAUUGGAGGAAAAGAGUCUUUUGUUUGGGGUGGGUGAGCAUUCUUCUGAAAGGAGCUUCUGAAGUAACUGCAAAGGAAAAGAGUUGACUAUUUUUAUAGCAUAUUUAAUAUAUUUGUAUAUAACUAUGAAUAUAAUAGGAACCCUUCACAUGCCUCCCCACUUUUCUAAUUUACUUCCCCUUUUGCCAUAGCUCUAGCUUAGCCUCAUCCGCAUGGGUAAUGUGCCUAUUGUCAGCCUACCAAAAGAUAGUGCUGCUGCUUUCUGAGACAGGUGAGAAGACCCAACUCUCAUGCCUGGGGAUCCUUUAUAUAGGAAUAGCACACACUUUGCAGACAACACACCACAGUCUAAAAGCAUCAUUUUGAAAGGUAACAAGCACUUUAUUGCAAUUACUCAUUUUGAUAAAGUUUAUUAUCUUAGAUAUUACCAUUUCUAAAGGAUCCCCAAAUCAUCACUUAGGUGAAAUUUUUAAAUGACACAUUUCUGAGAAAUGUUUAGAUCCAGUGAACCAUAGUAGGUUUAUGGGAGUGAUUUCAUGGUAGCCAAAUGAACUUUGACUUUUGUUUUGAAUGUGGUGGAGUCAAGAGACUGUGGAUGCCUAGCUCCAUUUAGACACUAUUGUAAACCUAUCUUGCCUAUUGUGUGGACACCAAAAGAGACCAAUGAGCCUGUUUAUUUUCAGAGGUCUAGGAGAAUUGCAUCAGUGUGAAUAGAUGUAUAGAGAUAACUUAAAAGUGAUUGGUAGUCAUAAUUUAGAAUACAGUAAUUUCAAGAAUUAUUCUGGGUGUUUAAAAUGUGCUCUGAAAUGUUGGCAUGUCAUUUCAGUGUUUCCAUUUGAAUUACUCUUGUAAUAUUUUUGCACAGAAAGGACUGAGAAAGACUACUUUGGUUGAAGAAAAGGAAAAAAAAAAUGGUCAUAUUUUAAUGUCUCCUGUGGAAACACUGGGGAUGAAUUUUGUUGGUACAGUUAUUAAUUCAGGAUGUUUGAAACAGUAUUGAACAGCUCACAAGAAAUUAAGCAAACGUGGAUAUUAAAAAUUAAAACACUUUCUUUCCAUGUGACUGUUUUGCAUACUUUUUCCCCAUGUCAUAAUUUAACACUACAUUCCUUGUUUUUGUUAAAUAAAAUAAUACUUUGCAGGU